UACAAAAAAAAAAGAAAAAAUCUGAAUCAUUUAGAGACAUAUUUUAUUUGUAAACAUUAAAUACUUGUUUUCAUCGAGAGUAAAGAAAAUAUUUGCUAAAGAUGAAUAGAAUAUUCGGUAGAGGAAAACCUAAAGCUCCAGGUCCCAGCUUAACGGAUUGCAUCAGUACUGUUGAUACCAGAGCAGAUGGCAUUGAACAGAAAGUUAAUAAAUUAGAUGCAGAAUUGAGAAAAUAUAAAGACCAAAUGGCAAAAAUGAGAGAAGGGCCUGCGAAAAACUCUGUCAAACAAAAAGCAAUGAGAGUUUUGAAGCAAAAAAAAAUGUAUGAACAACAAAUAGAAAAUUUAAGAGCACAAUCAUUUAAUAUGGAGCAGGCAAAUUAUACAACACAGACAUUGAAGGAUACACAUACAACCAUUACAGCUAUGAAAGAUGGUGUGCAGUCUAUGAAGAAGGAGUUUAAGAAGAUCAAUAUUGAUUCUAUUGAUGAUGUUAAUGAUGAAUUGGCAGAUAUGUUAGAACAAGCAGAUGAAGUUCAAGAAGCCCUUGGUAGGCAAUAUGGCAUGCCGGAGAUUGAUGAUGAUGAAUUGGCUGCAGAAUUGGAUGCUUUAGGUGAUGAAAUAGCCCUUGACGAUGACACAUCAUACCUGGAUGAUGUGGUUAAGGCACCUGCGGCACCUGAUAAGGAACCAGGUGCUGACAGCAUCAGGAAUAAGGAUGGUGUACCGGUUGAUGAGUUUGGAUUACCACAAGUGCCUAGUGCUGCACAUGCUAAGUAACAGUUGCGAGUUAUCAGAUUCAUUUAAGUGUAAGAAUAUUUUGUCGCUAAAAUUUUAUUGUUUAUUUUUAUAAUUAAAGAUUUUGUUUACUUAAAAUAUUUUGAAAUUGAAAAGUAUUUGUUGUUUAAUGAAUAUGAGUAACUUCUGCCCUGUACCAUUUAAAGUGGUUGUCAGUUUUAGCAUGAAAUAUUUAAAGAUUUUUAUUGUAUAAUUAUAUUAAUUAAUUUCUGCACAUUUAAAGUAAGUUAAAUAACAUGUAAUAAUAUAUACUAUAAGUGAUCAACUAAUAGAAAUGUUUCAGUUGGUAUUUUUCUUCUGAAUGUUAUUUCUGUGAUGCCUACUAUUAUUUCAUUUAGUUGAUAAAACAUGUAUUAAUUAAUAAUUCAUGAAUUGUGUUGUAAUAAUUCAGCGGUAUUUGUUUGUUACAAUUAUUUUUUUGCAGUGUUGACAAAUCAUAAAUUCAUAUUGGGAAUUAUAUUUUUUAGGCAAUUACUAAAAGGGCAAGUUCAUGUCCAUGCAAAUCAUGACGUAAUCCCAUAUGCCAAAAACUUAUUGCAAUGCCACAUAUAUUAUACCUUUAGCACAGACAACUACAAAUUUAAAAAAAAAUAUUAGAUCUUUACAUAACAACAUACUAUUCUCAAAUAUGUAUAAUAUGGACGACUGCCUAAUAUUUAUCCUCUAUAUAUUUAAAUUAUGUCUUGUCCGUGCUAAGCCUACAAGGCAGUUGUAUGUUUAAUAUUAGAGUAUAGUGUGAAAUGAAACGUCUCUCGAUUUAAUGUCAAACUCUCUAAAUCAUCUAAAUUACUCGACUCCAGGUUUGUUUUGCUGUCCAAUGUUUUUUCCAUAAUCCGACAACUGAUGCCAGAAAACGCUGAGAUUAUUUUAUGCACUUAUUAUUUCCAGGCUUGUUGUAAUAUUUUAAUAUUAUGUAAUGUUUAAUAAAAAUAUUUAAAAAAAUGCUGUG